UGCCUGGUAACCAAAAGUCGAGAGGCAGGCUGUGGGCAGGCUCCCAGGGGCUGAAAGCAAGAGCAGGAAGAGUGCGCGGUGCUCUUGCCCCUUGCUGGAGGACGAGCGCUCCCUGCCCAGGGCACAGCUUGUGCCAGGAUUCUUUGCCUGCCGGGAAGCAGCGCCUGCUCAGGAGGCAGAAGCUGAUGCAUGUUGUGCUUCAAGGACCCCAACCCCACGCACGACUGUUUCAGCUUUCCUAGACUUUUUUUUUUUGCUUUGCAUCCAUCCCAUCCUGUGAUAGCAAGAGAGGAGCCCUCUACCUGCAGAUGACCUGACUUGGUCCAUCCCACCCCCAGGCCAGGUGAGAUGUGUGUUUGGAUCACUGAGAAAGUGCUUCUGGCUGAAAUUUUGGGAAGGGUUUAGGAUGGCAAACCAAAGGGAGAAUGGGGAUGGCACUCACCUGGGAUCCUGUGGCUGGGAGACAGCUCAGCGUCCCUUCUUGGCUGGCUGUUCCAUUCAGAUCUCCUUGAAUUACAUGGAGACGUGCUCAGGAGGAGGAGGAGGGAUGUCCAUGACUUGGGGAAGGGGCAGGACCCCCGUCCCUGUUGCUGAUACCAGGUGACUGGUCCCUCCAUGGCAGCUGUGCUGAACCUCGGGAGGGUGUUAGUGCCACCCAACAGAAUAGUGCCCAGCGGCAGAAAGGCAACACCUUUCCCAGCUGCCUUAAUUUCUCAUUCUUGGCUGGAUGAUUUAUGUGGGAAGAUGAAAAGUUAAACCUCAGCUGGUAGUCCUAAACUGUGCCCGUGUUUGAACUUUGCAGUUUGAGGAAAUACUCCGUAUCCUCAGGGCAGGCAAGGAAACUGCAUCGGCAGCACCGGUGCUUUACACAAGUUUUUAUUUUCUUGUCUUUGAUUUCCCUAAAUCACAGGAAAGCUGCAUAAUUUUUGCACGCGCCAGAGCCCCAGGCUCAGGCUGGGGAGGACCAGGAAUGGUUGGUGGGAGCAGCAUCCUCUCAGCAUCUUAUUAAGAGCCCCUGAAGGUCUGGUUUCUUUCCAGAAGACCUUACCUACUUGGCAACUGUUUUCUGCGCAGGUGUCAUUACCAAUUCUUCCUGCCUUACCCCAUGAACGUAAAAGCAAACAAAAGACAGCAGAAGUGAAUGAAAAGUAGUUAUCCAGCAAAUGUGCCAGGAGUGCUAGCAAUAUCACCCAGGUGAGGAGCUGAACCAUGUCCUUCGCACUCCAGGAUUCCUCCUGGGCAUUUGCUUGCAGAAAUAAAUCAAAGACUUGUAGACAGGUCUGGUUCGAAGAUGAGGUGCCUGCAAGAGUGUCAUUGGGGGAGAUGCAGGUUUUGCUGUCAGCAGAUGUUGCUUUUUUUUUUUUUUUAACCUCUCACUGCAGGAUUUUAUGAGCCUGACCAUGCAAAAGUCAGCUUGAAACUGUCCCUGCGUUGCUUUGCUUUGUCAGGCAGCCCCAUCUUCUCAGGUGGGAUCUGGGCAGCCUCCCGCCAGGGGAGACCUGGCCCUGCUGUGGCCCAGAGGGGGCAGAGUCCGGGCUGUGCUGCUUCCACUGCUGAUCCUACUGGGGGGACAGCAGGUUGAUUUAGUGCUGCGCCUGUCUGGAGCUGCUGCUGCUGCUGACUGUAAGCAGUCCUCACUCCUCUUCAGAGUGAAAAGUAUCUCAGAAAUACAGGUAUGCCUUUCAGUCGGCUUCCCUGAGCCGAGUGGGUGGGGAUUGAGGUGUGAUUUGGGAGACUGUGCCUCAGUUUCCCUGGUUGGAAAUCAAAGCUGCAGAGGCGCUGGGCUGUGGCCAGACAGGAUGGGUACUUGUUGCUUGCCAGGCUGGGGACACCCAUGGGUCUGGGGAAGGAGGAAUCAGGCCCGGGGCUCCAGAGCUGCUCCAGGGAGCUCUGGCCAAAGACAGAAGCUGGGGCUGGCCGUGCUGCACUGAAGCUGUACCAGGACUCCAAGGUGUGACCGUGGCCGAGAUUAGGGGUGAUGGGAAAGGCUGGCAGUCACACAGGGCUGGAGGUAAACGGAUCAAACAGCAAUCGGCAAGCUCAGCAAGGGGAGGCUUAGCUCAGCCCAGCGCAGAUUUGCUGCCUGCUGCCCCAGAUCCUCUGGGGUCGGGGCAGAGCUGCGGGUGGAGCAUCCUCAGCACAUCACCCUUGCACUGCCCCGCAGAGUUUCAGCAGCCCCAUCGCUGCUUGUCUGCACAUCCCUGUGCCUGCCUGCUUCUGGGCGAGACGACAGCCUUCCCUGCAGUGCAGCUGGGUUUGCGCCGACCGGUGAGUGCCUGGGGUCGCUUUGGCGACCAGGGAUUUUGAGGAUACUCAAACGUGUUUGAUUUUGGGGUUUUCUUUGCACCAUCCUGCACCAAAACCAGGCUGGCUGCUGGGAGCUGGGGCAUACGGGACAGCUGGGUGCUGGUAAUCCCAUUUGCAGGCAGCACUGAGCUAAUCCUUGCAGAGUCCUGAGCGGAUUGGGGUGGGUUUGGGGGUCAGUGGUGAGCUGCUGUGGCCAAGGGAGCCCACGCGUCCCUGGGGUGGCUUCUUGGGGAGGUGGCGGUGAGUGUGUGGGGGUAAGUGGCAGUGAUGGAGGCAAAGGACGUGGCUGGGGUUUCUGCAAGGCAACCUCUGCUCGUGGUGGUGGGGUUUGGUGCUAUGAAACAGAGCUAGAGGAUGAGCCAUGGCGGCGCACAAGUCCAGGGUGGGGAAGCGAUGGAACGGGUCCAUGGGGAGUGAUGCUGCAAGGGCAACAGAGAUGGGUAAUGUGGAGGGGUUUUAUAUGAUUCUGGAGGGAAGGGAAAUGCCAUGGUGUGUCCUGCUCUGAAUGGGGAUGACAGGUCUGCACUCUGCUUCUUGCUCUGAGGCUGGGACCCUGUGCCCGCUGUUGUGAGCCCGGCAGACCUGGCACAAUGGGCGGUGGCGCUGGCCGGUGCCAGCAACACGGGGGGAUCGCGUGUGGUUGCCAGCUUUUUGGUGCCAUCACAGGCAAAUCCUGACUGCUUAUUCCUGUUUCUCCCAACAACUAGAUUUUUGGGGACACAGAAGUGUUUCUGCCACUCUCUUGUUCGGAUGUGCCAGAACAGUCCUGGCCCCCCACUUUCCUUCCCAGGCCAAGCACAGGCUUAAGCUCCAGGCUUUUCCAGCUUCGCAAGCUGGUAUCAAAGGAGGAGGAGACCUUUGCUGUCAUGGGGGCUCACUUCAGUCCCGGGGGGGCUUUUUCUGAGCUUGUUUGGGCUCAGUGGUGUAAAUUGACCCUGGGCUUCUUUGGGAGCUGUGAUGGUCCUGAAGCAAAGGUGAAAAUGCUUCUGUGCCAUACAGUGCCACCACUAUUUCCUUGCCGUUCCUCUGGCAUUCUCAGCUUCUUAAUCCCUUAUAUCCAGUGGGAGGUAAAAGAUAAUUUCUUAAAUGGUUUCUGGUCAUCAGGCCUCCAGGGGGGUGUUUUACAGCCACCCUGUUCUGCUUUGGGGACAUGAGGGUCUCCAGGAGAGCUGAGCCUUCCCGUGGUGUGCCAGGGGCUGCAGGUACUGUGUGGGGUGAUGCUUCAUCCGCAUCCAAACACGCAUCUUGGACUUGUACAAGGCGGGGAUAAGCAAAGAGCUGAGAACACACGUCACCCCGUCUGUGAACCUUGACUCAUUAAUGUUUAAGAUGUCAGGCUUUGGGCAGCCCCCAGUGAAACACAUCGAGGGACAUGAAGACAUUCUUCAUGUCUGAAAGGUGAGGGGUUAAUGCAAAGUGCCCAGCACUGAGCAGCUUCCAGCCUGUAACCUGCUGUGUGGGGGGGGUUGGGGCCACGUGUUAACCUGGGGUCAAAGCUCCCAUGCAGGCUCCUGGCUGGGCUGGAUGGAGCUCAGGGAUUUGCUUUCUCUUGCCCCCUGUGGCUGCCUCCUGUGACCAACAACACGGGUGCCAUCCGAGAUGCUCCUGAGACUCUCGUUGAGCAGAGCAGGGUGUCUUUGGAGGGGCAUUUUGGGCAAAGCAGUGGUCUUUGGAGGGGCAACAGCAGAAGACAUCCCUAAUUUGAGCUGGGCUCUUGUCCUGUACCCAAGCAUGGGAACAUGCAGCAUCACUUGGCUCGCUGGUGCUGCAUCCCAGCCUGGAGUCACACCAAGAAGAGAUGGGGGGAUCCAAAACCAGUGAGCAAACAGAGCCUGGAGAGCUGAAUCCCUGCUUUGCCACAUCUUGUUUUUACCUACCCCAUCAACAUCACAGCGGCCAAAGCAAGUCAGUGCUGGCUGCCUCUGCCACCCUCCCCGGGGCCCCAGGUGAGUGCCUGCCCCAGUGGCCACCGUGGCUGAAAGGUGAUGGAGCAGAGUGGUUUCCUAAGGGCAGAACGAGUUGAUAAGUGUGUUGGGGUGUGAACUUGCCCAUAAACAAAUUCUACUCAAAUUACUGUUGUUUUUCACCCCUCAAUUGAAAACUGAGGGUAACAUAAAGGACUCUGAGCAGAGCAUCACAGUUCCUGUGAUCUAUUUGCUCUGGCUUCACAAGCACUUCUUGUGUGACACUAGCCAUUGAGGAUUGUGCAAAAAAAAUCCUAACUAAGCAGUUACAUUUGGGAAAAGCAAGUUUAACUAAGUCUGCGUGCUUAAAAUAGAGGGUGUAUUUUGCUCAUGAUAACAGCGAGAGGUCAGAGGCUGAGCGGGUUUGGUCUGGCUGUGCUGCAGUGCUGCAUUUCCCAAGCAGGACGUGGAAACAAAAGGACACUAAGGACCUUUUGGGCUGCCCUGGGCACAGCGUGAGCAGCUGAUGCACCCAGUGUUCCCCAGGGAACGUGCACCACUGCUACUGGCUUCUCGCCGGCUGGAGACCCCUCCUCGCUCCCCGCAGGCAGCUGGAUGCUGGGCUGGUUCGAGCGGGUGGUUCCGCAGCCCCCGCUGCCCCAUCUGACAGAGGAGACGCCCCCGGCCCCAGUUCAGGAACCCAAGCCAGCUAAGGCUCCGACAGGAAAGGCUGGUGGCCCUGGGGAUGCUGCUGAUCAUGCACACACCAAGGAAGUGGAAAAGAAGGUGGGAUUUGCGGUCUCUGAGGACCCAGGCUCUGUGUUUGAGAGCGUGGGGAGCAGUGUGCUCUCCUGGAUCUCCCAGGGACUGGAGAAGGUGAUUCCCCAGCCAGUCCCAGCCCCAGGGACACUGCAGCAGCUUGGGAAGAGCUUCGAGACAAGCAUUGAUGUUCCUGAUCAGACAGAGGUCCAGAUCCUCAAGGAUGAGGAAGAGGAUGCUCUGGAGAUAACCCCCUUCGAUCAGGAGGAUGAGCUGGAUGGCUAUGAGUCCGAGGCUGACUUAGAUACCGGCGAGAAGGAGUGGGCAGGAGCGCGGGUGCUCAGCUGGCUGGCACAGGGCUUCGAGAGGAUGGUGCCGCAGCCGGAGGUGCUGAAAAAGCCGGAGCCAGAGCCAAAGGAGCAGAAGUGCGAAGCGACAAUGGGAGGCACAAAAGGGACUAAAACCCAGGCAAAGGCAAAAAGCAGCGUUUCAGCCACCCAGAGCACACCGGGAGCAGUGGAGCCGGCGACAGCCAAGGGACAGCCAGAGCCGGCGGCCACCCUCAUCCCUCAGUCCCUGGCUGGGGACGGCAGCAGGAUGUUUGCCUGGUUUGUCCAGGGGCUGGAGAAGGUGAUGCCGCAGCCGGUGACCAGGGAGAAGCAGGAUGCACAGGGAGUGGCUGUGGCAACCUCGACUCCUGUGGAAGAAAUUCACAUUGUCCCCGGGGAACCCGAAGAGACCGACCUCAUCCUGGAAGAGAUCACUGAUGAGUGGAUUAACAAAGCCACCUGCGAGAUGAUGGCCUGGGGUCGUGAGGCUGAGCUGGUGACAGAUGCUUGUCUCCUUCCCCCCAUCCAGGAGGAACCUCAGGAAGAAGAAACCAGGCUGUGGCUGUGCUCCCUGAGUGCUGCCGAGGAGGAGGAAGAGGAAAAGGCGGAGGAGGAGGAGGAAGAGGAGGAGGAGAAGGCGUUGGAGGAGAGUACAGGAGCCCCAUCACCUUGUCUCACCGUUGACGAGGGUGUGGAUGGUGUCUACUUCACAGAGGAGGCCCUCAGGUUUGAGCAGCUGGAAGAAGCUGAGAUAAGUGAUCUGGAAGGUGCUUUCGUACAGGUGGAAGAGGAAACGGCUGAAGCUGCUGAGAUUGAUGCUGAAGGCUGGAGAUUUCUCUGCUCGUGCAGCCCUGCAGAGCACCCUGGUCUCACAGAGAUGGUAGAAAAGCACACGGCGCCUAGCAGCAUGGCCGCGCGCGCCCGAGACGUCGAGCUAGAUCGGCUGGUGCAUGACAAGCCGCUGGACGGCGGGGACACCUCCCCUCCCGGCCACGGCGCGCUAGAGCAGCUCCCCAAUGUCCCCAGCUACCGAGCCACCGCUGCCUGCCGCAUCCCUGUCCUUGUCACCAGCAAGCCCAAGGCUGGAGUUGUCAACCCCAAUUUUUGCAAUGAGGAGCAAUCCCCGCUAGGUAAUUACCCCACCCUGGGCGGCAAGGAUGCGGAUGGCGGAGGCGAUGCGGUGGAGGACGGUACCCACUUACCAGUGCCUGGCACUCCCAACGUGCUGGGGGUGCCUGGUGCGGCACCAGCAACCCCCAGGAGGAAGCUGCUGGCCCCAGCGGAUGCUCUAGCCGAGGGACUGGUGAUCCAGUCGCCCACCCGAGGGCUGCUGGGCUGGGACGAGGAGCAGAGGGAAAGCCUGCCCGAGCGCAUUGGGUCAGCCACGAGCGUGAGCAGCACCGUCAUCAACAACCGACUCCAGGAGCUGGUGAAGCUCUUCAAAGAGAGGACCGAGAAGGUGAAGGAGAAGCUGACUGACCCUGAUGUCACCUCGGACGACGAGAGCCCUACGGCAUCCCCGGCCAAGGCAGUGCCUGCGGCAGCACCAGUGCCUCCCCCGGCAGCAGAGCCGGAGGGGGACAAGCCGGGGGGGGAUGAGCACUACUGCGAGAUGCUGUGCUGCACCUUCAAGUACCGGCCCUGGCUGGACCGCCUGAAAAACUACCAGUUCCCCAGCAGCAUCGACCCUCUCACCAACCUGAUGUACGUGCUGUGGCUGUUCUUCGUUGUCAUGGCCUGGAACUGGAACUGCUGGUUAAUCCCUGUCCGCUGGGCUUUCCCCUACCAGACACCGGGAAACAUCCACUUCUGGCUGCUCGUGGACUACCUCUGUGACCUCAUCUAUCUGCUGGACAUCCUCGUCUUUCAGACCAGGCUGCAGUUUGUUCAGGGCGGAGACAUAAUAACUGAUAAAAAGGCCAUGAAAGAGAACUACUUGCGAUCACAACGCUUUAAGAUGGAUGUGGUCUGCCUCCUGCCCCUGGAUUUCUUCUACUUCAAAGUUGGUGUCAACCCACUCCUGCGUUUUCCUCGCUGUCUGAAGUACAUGGCCUUCUUCGAGUUCAACAACCGCCUGGAGGCCAUCCUGAGCAAGGCCUACAUCUACAGAGUGAUUCGAACCACUGCCUAUUUACUGUACAGCUUGCACGUGAACUCCUGCCUCUACUACUGGGCAUCAGCCUACGAGGGACUGGGCUCUACCACCUGGGUCUAUGAUGGGGAAGGAAACAGCUACAUCCGUUGCUACUACUGGGCAGUCAAAACCCUCAUCACCAUCGGGGGUUUACCAGAUCCCAAGACUCUGUUCGAGAUCGUCUUCCAGCUGCUGAACUACUUCAUGGGUGUCUUCGCUUUCUCUGUCAUGAUUGGGCAGAUGAGAGACGUGGUUGGCGCCGCUACUGCAGGGCAAACUUACUAUCGGAGCUGCAUGGACAGUACCAUUAAAUACAUGAACUUCUACAAAAUCCCUAAAACUGUUCAGAACCGGGUGAAAACAUGGUACGAGUACACGUGGCAUUCACAAGGCAUGCUAGAUGAGUCAGAGCUGCUGGUGCAGCUGCCGGACAAGAUGAGGCUGGACAUCGCCAUUGACGUGAACUACAACAUCGUGAGCAAAGUGGCCCUUUUCCAGGGUUGUGACAGACAGAUGAUCUUCGACAUGCUGAAGCGGCUCAGAUCGGUGGUCUACCUGCCUAAUGACUAUGUGUGUAAGAAGGGAGAAAUCGGCCGUGAGAUGUACAUUAUCCAGGCGGGACAAGUGCAGGUGCUGGGGGGACCCGACGGCAAAACUGUGCUGGUGACUCUGAAAGCUGGGUCUGUGUUUGGGGAAAUCAGCUUGCUGGCAGCAGGAGGGGGAAAUCGCCGAACAGCAAACGUCGUAGCUCAUGGCUUUGCUAACCUCUUCAUUUUGGAUAAAAAGGACUUGAAUGAGAUUUUGGUGCAUUAUCCGGAGUCUCAGAAGCUGCUGCGUAAGAAGGCAAAGAAAAUGCUGCAAAGCAACAAUAAACCCAAAGAUGAGAAAGGAGCACCUGGAGACACACUGAUCAUCCCCCCGAAAGCUGACACCCCCAAGCUCUUCCAGGCUGCCCUGGCUGCCACGGGGAGGAUGGGGGGCAAGGGGCCGCUGGCACAGCUCCGGUGGCGGCUGAAGGAGCUGAAGGCGAUGCAGGAGACGCAGGGUUCCAGUUUCAGUCCAGAGCCACCAAAAUCACCAGUGCACCAGAGAUCUCCUGUCACCUCCCACAAAGCACUCACUCACCUGGGAGAAGAAAUAUUAUCAAAAUCACCUGAUAGGUUAGUCACCAUUCGUGUGAUUUCUACGGCACAAGAGGAUGAAGAAAUCCUUGCUGCUGAGAUUUCAGAGAAAGACGAAGAAGAAAAAGAAGAGAAAUGAAAAUCAAGCAGGUCCUGGAGCAGGAGUAGGAGUCAAGCAAACACCUGGGGUAGAAGCUUUUUGUCAUUAAAGAUUUUCAUGCAGCGACUGUAGGCUUUGCUAGGUGCUGCGGGUAGGAUCUGCCUUUCUUUUCUGCCUAGACCUUCACCCACUGUUGAUAAAGCCCUCUGACAUAUGGCCCAGAACCAUACAAGGUUUCCAUGCUCUGGAGAUCUAUUUUUAUUGAGCGUCUUUAUGAACAUUCCCGCUAAAUCUCAGGCCAGUCCUCUUGUUUCAAAAUCCAGCCUUACGGAGAAGGAACCCUGAAGAAAUUGCUUUUUAUGGCUCUGGAUGGUUAAUGAGUGUUCAGAUAAAGCAUGAGGAGUUAUUCACCUCUGACAGCUGAGUCACCACUUGGCCAGGAACAACCAGAAAAAAGAAAAAAAAAGGUUUCUCUGUUGGGCUCAAGGUUGCCAGCAGCAGCUGGAGAGUGAUUCAUCCAAAAAAGAUGUGGACCAUGCUCACAAGCCUAUCACAGACCAAAUCAUAUUGUCACAAGGAGGCCAAGGUCCGUUCUGGUGUUCACAGACAAGAUGUUUGAGGGUCCCUGUGUGUUGCCAAGACCACCCUGGGUUUGCUGCUGGAAAGAGGAGUUCCUGCUGGCUGCCCACCCCGGGGAGGUGGUGGGCUCUCCAUCACUGGUGGCUGUUACAGAGAGAUUUGAUGAACAUCUUCCAGUGACGGAGAAGCGCAAUCCUGGAUGAGAUGUUCCUCGAGAUCCCUUCCAGCCCUGGGUUUCCAUGGGUGCACCAACCUGUCGCUGCUGGAGGGAUAAACUGAGAGCAGGAUCGGAGAAGCCGUGUUGCUUUCCAGCUGGGACAGGAAAGAGAAGUGUAGUAAGUGCUAUCCUCUUCCAGACAGUGUUUCAGAGUCAGAACAGAGCCCGUAGCAUGCAAACAAGUGUGCACAAGCAUGCAGGAGGUCCCUGUGCUCAUUGCUGGACUUCAGUGGCCUGCCACAUUUCCAUCCCCUUUUGGUCACUUGAUUGGCUCUGGGGCUUGUUUCCAUGGAGAAGUCACUCUGGUCUUGCUCAUCACUGCACCAGGGUGCUUGUGAAGCUGCUGGAUGGGAAGGUGAAUGCCUGGUCAGCAGCCAACACGCCCAGCUGGUGGCUCAAGGCAUCCGAUCUUCCACCAGCACCACCAGUUCUUCACCUUCCUCUCACCUUGCGCCAAUGAGAGCUUAGUGGGUGAGAUGGUGCUGGGUUUGGCUGUCCAGGUCUCCAUGGCACUGCUGGCUCCAUUGAGAGGAGCCAGUUUCCAUCCUCUGGAGGAAAAGCUGGGGCAGGUUCUGCUGCAGGGAGCAGCCCUGGAGCCGCGGCUGAGGGAUUUUUCAGGUGUUCAGCAAAUCCUGUGAGCAGUGCUGCAGGUUCCACAGCUCUGGCUGCUCAUGAUGGGUGUCAGCACCGGCGCUGUCCCCGUAGGUGGGUGAUCCCUCUUCCCAUCAGUAACCUGGGGCUGAUCUUCACCUCCUAAAAAGUCUUCUUAUAUUAUUGCAAUUUUUCUCCUCUCUGGCAAAAUAGGUGGUUUUCUGUGACGGAAAAAGGUAGGAUACAUAUUAGUGUUAAUUAACAGUGGUUUUCUCUCUUUUAAACAAAUUUAAUGAGCUCUGAUAUACAACAGGAGGGUCUGAAGCCACCACUGCCCAUAACAUUGCAGGGGAAAACCUGGGCUCACCCAAGCCUUCCUAAAGGUUUCUUGUCCUUAGUCAUUUGCAAGGACUUCCAUGCAGGGUGGAAGGUUUCAGUAGGGAGCGCAAAGUAUCUUUUGUUUCCACUAGAUAAAUAUUUAUAUAAGCGAAGGAGGAAACAUGCAAAAGUCAAGCUAGGGUUCUGAUUUGCUGCUAUGAUUUGACACAGUUUAGAAAAAAACGUUUAAAUAAAUAGUGGGCUGUAAUGGCUUUCAUAAUUCACUACAUCUACAAUAAACACCACGUAGAUUA